AUGGCUGCAAGCGGUUUUGCUUCCUCCAUACUGAGUAAAAUUCAUGAAAUUGUUAGUGGUGGCGCAGUUUCUAUUUUGCACAAUUACAACGGACGGAAUGAUGCGGUGGCUGGACCCUCCAAUAUGAUGCAAGUUCAGGAUCGUCGUUUGGUUGAAAAAACGUUUAAAUUAAUGGAUAAUGUCGUCAAACAUUGUCAGCAGCCGCGUCUGAAUCUUAAAAAUUCACCACCUUUUAUACUUGAUAUACUUCCUGACACUUAUCACCAGUUAUCCACUAUCAUAUCCAAGAACCCGAAUGUGUUAAAAGAUAAUACAUAUUUAGUACUGUUCCUGGAGAAUGUGCAGUCAAAAUGCAAGCAGACAAUGAAAUUAUUUAAAGAAGAUCGUGAAAGGAUUUACGAUGAAAGAUCGGGAGCACGACGUAAUCUUACCAAGCUUUCACUAAUCUUUUCUCAUAUGUUAGCAGAGCUGAAAGCUGAGUUUCCAGAUGGGCAUUUUAUUGGUGAAAACUUUCGUAUCACCAAAAAAGAAGCUGAUGCAUUUUGGAAGGAAUCAUUUGGCAUAAAGGCCACCGUACCAUGGUUCGAAUUUCGUAUCGCGUUAAGCAAAGUGCAUAGACUUAAUACCGGUUUAGAAACUCUUGCUUUGAAGACUACAAUUGAUCUUACCGUUAAUGAGCAUAUUUCAAACUUCGAAUUUGAUGUAUUUACAAGACUUUUCCAACCGUGGAAUACACUACUGCACAACUGGCAGCUACUUGCAGUGACUCAUCCCGGAUAUGUUGCUUUUCUGACAUAUGAUGAAGUAAAGCAGAAGCUUCAGAAAUAUAGCAACAAGCCCGGAAGCUAUGUAUUCCGUCUGAGCUGUACACGUCUUGGACAGUGGGCUGUUGGUUAUGUUGCUCCUGAUGGUAAAAUUUAUCAAACUAUACCACAGAACAAAUCACUCAUACAAGCCUUGGUUGAUGGAAGCCGAGAGGGAUUUUACCGUUUUCCGGAUGGAAGACCAACCAAUCCAGACUUAAGUCAUGCCUUACAGCCAAGUCCAGAAGGUCGUGUUAAGGUGACUCCAGAGCAGUAUCAAAUUUAUUGUGAAAUGGGUACUACAUUUGAAAUGUGCAAAAUUUGUGCAGAAAAUAACAAAAAUGUCAAAUUGGAACCAUGUGGCCAUUUACUUUGCACACCUUGUUUGCAGAGCUGGCAGGAAUCGGAUGGUGGUGGUACAUGUCCCUUUUGUCGAUGUGAAAUCAAAGGUACGGAGCGAAUCAUCAUUGACUCAUUUGAUCCGAUAGAAGCUAAUAAAAAACUCGGUUAUGAGACGAUUAUUGAAAAAAAUACUGUUAAAAGUGUACGGCAGUCAUGGCCUCCAAGAAGUGAAGCUGUGCCUCCUCGACGAGCUCCUCCAUUACCUCCUCGCUAUGAUUCAUCAUCAGCUGGCAAUAGUCCAUCUGUAACACACAAGCAGCUAACUUUUGAUGCUCCUGUAGCAAGCAACAUAUCAACCUAUAAUGAAGAAAAACUUGAGAAAACUGGAAAUGAUACGAUAGCAAGUAGCGUUUCACAGUUGAAAGUGUUAGCACCAACAACGGCAGAGGGAUCAUCUUACGUGAAUGUGGUAACUUCCGGCGGGAAGUCAAAUUAUGAAGGAUUACAAUAUGUGAACACUGCUGUGAUCAAUGGUCAAACAUAG